UCUAAUUUCAGCCUUCCUGGGAAUUUGUAGCAGUAUUGAUUAAACAUUCCUCUCGUAUUCUAUUUUUCAGAUAGUGACAAAAGAAAGAAUGGCUUCUGGUGGAGUACCUUGCGGAGUACCAGGAUUUGUACCUGAAAGAGCUUCUGGUGUAGUGCCUGAAGGAGUACCUGGCGGAGCACUUAGAGGUGUAGCUGGCGGAUCACCUGUUGAUCCGGAUAAGAAAGAGGCAUACUAUCUCCGGCUUCAUUUACUCAUUGUAAAAGAGGGGACAGCUAUUUUGAAGGCAAGAUUUGAUCAUUCAGUGCCACCGCAACAACUCUAUGCUAAGCUGCAACAGUGUAUGAAAACAUUUAACCAUGCAAAGAAAAACAACCUUCUCAGCAAAACACAGAUAAGUAAUCUAUUUCCGCAGUAUCGUCCACCUUCUUCAGAUACAUUCGAUGUAUCACUUUUAGUUUAUCUUCUGAGGAACAUAUGUGGACUCCAGUCAAAAUCGAAAUGGUGGAGUGUAAACGACAACAGUAAAAUACCGGAUAAAGUGCUUGAUGAGGAGGCCGACAUCGUCCGUUUAAGAAACUUGAGAUUACAGAUUCAGCAUAAGCAGGGUGCUUCACUUGAGCAGGAGGAAUUUGAGACAAUGUGGGACUUGGCGGAAAAGGUAAUGCUUCGACUCGCUACAAAAUGCAAUAUACCUAACCAGAAGCAGAAAAUUGAUGCUAUAAAGGAUAAACAGCUGGAUUUUGUUACGGAAGAAAAGAGGAGUACAAGAGCCUUACGAGACGUCGUUAUGGACCUGAUAUGAUGUUUGAUGCGACCACAACGAUAUUUUAUUCGCACAUCAUUUAAUGACAAGUCGGAAGGUUGGAACCGCCUUUGCAUUUGAAUUUCUGUAAACACGAAGAGGAGAGAAAUUUACCGUUGUGCAAAGGGUAAAUAAAUUCACUUACAUGAAUUACGUUUAUUAUUUUGUCCAUUGUGGUGUGAAACAUAUUAAUGCCGACUGAGGGCAAAGUAGGGAAUACACAAUUUUUUUGAGUUUCGAGCGAUUUCCCUUCAAAAUGUAUGCGAACCAAGCACUGAUAUACUGCUGAAGAUUGUCACAUAAAAGUAUUUGCG